AGCGAUCGACCGUUUUUUCCCCGAUCGAUCGGGCAGCAUAUGCACAGCUAGCUAGCCGUCGUCUCGUCCAUCCAACCUGUUGGGAGAGCAUUCAGCCAUUAUGUCGACUAAAGACAUCUCUCGCGAUCCUCCAGACAUUGAGAGUUUGCUCUCGCUGAACCCGCGGGUCCAACCCCACGCCACCCUCGUCUCUACCACACGGACCAAGACGGCCAAGAAACAGUGGAAGAGGAACAAAGACAAGGAAUGCACCACAUGUGGAAGCAAACGGAACAACUUUGACGACAUAAAGCACACGACGCUGAGCGAGCGAGCGGCUCUGCGAGAAGCCGCUCGAUGUCUCAAGUGUGCAGACGCUCCGUGUCAGAAGUCGUGUCCCACACAACUGGACAUCAAAUCUUUCAUAACCAGCAUCAGCAACAAGAACUACUAUGGAGCCAGUAAAGCCAUAUUCUCUGACAAUCCUCUCGGACUCACGUGCGGAAUGGUCUGUCCGACCUCUGACCUCUGUGUCGGUGGAUGCAACCUGUAUGCCUCGGAGGAGGGACCGAUCAACAUUGGCGGUCUGCAGCAGUUUGCCACGGAAGUCUUCAAAGAGAUGCGGCUGCCGCAGAUUCGGGACCCCGCCCACUCUCCCCCGGAGCAGCUGCCGGAGAGCUACGGGGCGAGGGUGGCACUAAUUGGGUGUGGCCCCGCUCCAUUAGCUGUGCGACGUUCCUCGCCAGACUGGGGUACACGAACCUGACCAUCUUUGAGAAGGAAAGUUACAUCGGAGGACUCAGUUCGUCAGAGAUUCCUCAGUAUCGACUUCCUUAUGAUGUCGUCUCGUUUGAAGUUGAGCUGAUGAAAGAUCUCGGAGUCAAGGUGGAGCUAGGGCGUGGUCUGGGCGGGGAGGGCGGAGUCACAAUCCGGGGUCUUCUCUCAGUGGGCUACGAGGCUGUGUUUAUUGGAAUUGGUCUGCCCGAUCCUAAAGUAGCCCACGAUAUUUAAGGGGACUCACCACUCAAAAUGGGUUCUUCACCUCCAAGGAGUUCCUCCCCGUCGUCAGCAAAGCCAGCAAGCCAGGUAUGUGUACCUCAUGUUCCAAGCCCCUCCCCCAGCUCCAUGGCAACGUGGUUGUCCUGGGAGCCGGUGACACGGCGUUUGACUGUGCGACCUCUGCCCUCCGCUGCGGGGCCCGGAGGGUGUUUGUGGUGUUCAGGAAAGGCUUCACUAACAUCAGAGCCGUCCCAGAGGAGAUGGAGCUGGCGAGAGAGGAGAUGUGUGAGUUCAUGCCGUUCCACUCCCCGAAGAAGGUGCACUUGAAGUCGGGAUGCAUUUCGGCCAUCGAGUUCUGUCGAACGGAGCAGCUGGAGAGCGGGGAGUGGGUGGAGGAUGAGGAACAAACGGUGAAAUUGAAGGCAGAUUUCGUCAUCUCUGCCUUUGGCUCUCAGCUCCAGGACCAGGGCAUCAUUGGGGCUAUGGCUCCGCUGCUGUUCAACAAGUGGGGAUUCCCCGAGGUGGACCCGGAAACCAUGGCAACGUCGGAGCCAAACAUCUGGUGUGGCGGGGACAUAGCAGGCGUGGCUAACACCACCGUGGAGAGCGUCAACGAUGGCAAACAGGCGUCGUGGUUCAUACAUCAGUACCUUCAGUCCCUGCACGGGAUCUUCAUUCCUCCAGAACCCCAGCUCCCAAAGUUCUUUACUCCCGUCGACACCGUUGACAUCAGCGUGGAGUUUGUGGGGUUAAAGUUUGAGAACCCCUUUGGGCUUGCCUCGGCCACGCCCACCACCAGCUCGGCAAUGAUCCGCAGAGCCUUUGAGGCUGGCUGGGCAUUCGCUGUCACAAAGACAUUCGGUCUGGACAAGGAUAUAGUGACCAAUGUGUCACCUCGCAUCGUGCGAGGGACCACGUCAGGUCACACGUUUGGCCCGGGGCAGGGAUCCUUCCUCAACAUUGAGCUCAUCUCAGAGAAGACUGCGGGAUACUGGCUACAGAGUGUCAGUGAGCUCAAGAGGGACUUUCCCUCCAAGGUGGUAGUAGCCAGUGUGAUGUGUGGAUACUCCAAGGAGGACUGGACGGAGCUCUGUCAGCUGGCAGAGAGGCCGGUGCCGAUGCUCUGGAACUGAACCUGUCCUGCCCGCACGGAAUGGGGGAGAGGGGAAUGGGAUUGGCAUGUGGACAGGAGCCUGAAUUGGUUCGAAACAUCUGCCGGUGGGUGAGGGCAGCGGUCAAGGUACCGUUCUUUGCCAAGAUGA